GAGGUGAAGGUGCUAUCAUCUUUAAAGGCGAGUAUGCUAAUGGGCCAGGCCCCUGUUUCAACUGAAGACGUCCAGCACUUAAAAAGCAAGAUACGCGCCCUAGUAGAAGAAAAUGAUCGCUUGAAGAAAGAUCUUAAGUUUUUUCAAGAAUUCAGCAGCGUCAAAGCUUGGGUUGACCAAUUGAUCUUUAAACAGCAGUACAUCCAACAGUUGCAGAAGAAUGGGGAAUGUGCCUCAGCUGCCCCACUUGCUUCUGCUACUUCAAGUGUGAAGAUGAAUUUACCGAAACUUGCGUAUGAAGAGAUUCAGCCACAUUUUCAAGCAAAUUGGAGUUCCUCACCUCCACCACCUGUUUUGAAUGCACCAGAGACACCGAUGGAGGAGACUAGCAAACCACAAAAAUAUCCGUCGGAUUUGUAUAACAAUCCAUUUCCCAUUACGCAAGACAUUCUCGACCAGAUUCCGCCUGGCUCAAAGAAAUCUGAAACUCGCUUUGUUCUGAAACUCUUCUUCGCCUCACGUACACUGAUAAUUACCUGGGUACGCAUACGAUGUCAGCAAAUUUGACAGGAAAGAAGUAUAUGGACGAGAAUAAAUUGCUCAGCAUAAUAUGUAAGUUAUAUAUAUAUAUUGGAAUCAAUUCAAUAUUUCAUUAUUACUAAUCACAACUGUUUUUGCAAA